AUGGGUGUCCAGGGACUUUGGACUAUCGUUCAACCGUGCGCCCGACCCGUGAAGCUCGAGACACUCAACAGGAAACGACUCGCCGUCGAUGCGUCUAUUUGGAUUUACCAGUUCCUGAAAGCCGUGCGCGAUAAAGAGGGAAACGCGCUCCGCAACUCGCAUAUUGUUGGAUUCUUUCGCCGAAUAUGCAAACUCUUGUACUUCGGUAUCAAGCCCGUCUUCGUGUUUGACGGUGGCGCCCCUGUCCUGAAGCGACAAACCAUCGCGAACCGGAAAAAAAGGCGGGAGGGACGCAGGGAAGAUGCAGUGCAGACGGCUAGCAAGCUUCUGGCUGUGCAGCUGCAACGCACUGCCGAGCAAGAAAUAGCCAAGCGCAGGAAUCGAAGGCAGGAGCAAGUGGAGGAAGUCCCGGAUAAUCCUGUUUACGUUGAGGAGACGUUCAUGACUGAGAAUCAGAAACAACAGUCUCGGACGUUUCGGAAGAAAGAUGCCUAUCACUUGCCAGAUAUGCAGGUCUCCCUCCACGAAAUGGGAGCCCCGAAUGACCCACGUAUUAUGUCCCAAGAAGAGCUAGAAGAGUAUGCGCGGCAGUUUCACCAGGGCGAGGACAUCAAUCUUUACGACUUUUCGAAGAUCGACUUCGACAGUCCGUUCUUUCUCAGCCUUCCGGCUACCGACCGGUACAAUAUCCUGAAUGCCGCGAGACUCCGCAGUCGAUUGCGUAUGGGUUACUCUAAGGAACAGCUGGAUACUAUGUUUCCGGAUCGGAUGGCUUUCUCCAGAUUUCAGAUCGAGCGUGUUAAGGAAAGGAACGAUCUGACUCAACGCUUAAUGAAUAUCAACGGUAUGAACGGUGAUGAGGCAUUCUACAAUUCCGGCCAGCGUAUUGCUGGUGAGCGUGGAAAGGAGUAUGUGCUUGUACAAGACAAUUCGGUCGAAGGCGGCUGGGUACUAGGUGUUGUGGGCAAUAAGAACGAAGGCCGGGAAGAGAAGCCUAUCGAUGUUGAUCGAUACUUUCGCCAUGAAAUCACGCCAGAGCCCGAAGCUUCAGACGAAGAUGGUGGUUUUGAGGAUGUGCCCAUCGAGGGUCUUAACCGUCUUCCAAAGCUCUCAUUCCUUCAACCAGGCGUAUUUGACGAGUCGUUGAGACAGCACAUGCAAGGGUCCGAGGUGCAGGAUGCGGACGCCGAUGCCCUCUUUGUUCAAGACCAUGAUCAUGCUCAACGGCUUGACCAAAUCUUCGAGGGUGCUGCGGCAAGUGACGACGAAGACCUUCAACGGGCGAUCGAAAUGUCUCUACAGCCUACAGAUCAUAUGGACCACGACAUAGACAUGCCAGAGAUUCCUGUGAACCGGGUUCCUUCGCUAGAACCACCAAGCAAAAUGGCAGCUGAACCCACUGCAGAGAGCGACGAUGAAUUGGAUUUUGCAGCAGCUGUGGCUCAAUCGAAAAGGACCAAGGCGCCUCCCAAAGCCGCUGUAAGCCAUUCCUUCGAGGGCCCCCUACCUUUUGAAACCCUCAAAUUGAAGAAGCCUUCCAACGUCAAAAAACCGCAGCCCGUCGAACCAGAUGCCGGUGGCUUUGAAAAAGAACCCUCAAAGGAAGCCAAGGAAAGCGUGCCUCUUCCGCCCUGGUUUUCUGGACAGCAGCAAAACUCCGACUUUAUCGCCGAUCGAAAUGAUAAUGACUUGGAAAAUUACCGCGACAGUGUCAUGACGCCAGAUCAUUUGUUUUUGAGAGACCAUCGAUCGCCUAGUGUCAUAGACGUCGACAAAAUGCCUGAGAGCAAAGUCAUUGAUCUCGACCCAGAAUCAGAAGCCGAUGAAGCUACCCCGGGGCAGGCAGCAGAAGUGGAAGAAACUCGGACGCCCCCAAAAUCACCGGAUGUAGGGUCACCGAAAGCUGUGACCUCGCUAGGUUCUGAACGAGAUGCUGAGAUUUCGAAGCCCCUACAAUCGCGGGAUGUAGAGUCACCUAAUGCUGUGAUCUCGUUAGGUUCUGAACGAGAUGUUGGGAUUGCGAAGGACGAAGCGGAUGCCCUCGAGCAAAAGCUGACCGAUGGUAAGACACACGAGCGGUCUCUUUCGCCAGAGUUUGAAGACGUCACAAUGGAGUCGGAGAACCCCACCCCUGUUACAGCGAUACAACAGACUCCGGAAUUUGAAGACGUGACAAUACCGUUGGAGAAUGUAGUCGCCAGUGAAGGCGAGAAGUUUGAGCAAAUAUCGCCUGCGUUUGAAGACGUCACUAUACAAGAAGUGCCUAAUACGCUUUAUGAUCAGGCCGAGCUCAGUCAAACGAUUGAUAUGGACGAUGAAGGCUUCUCUGAUCCAGAAGACGAGGAGCUCAUGAGGCAGCUCGCGGCUGAGGGCGAGGAGCAUGUUCGGUUUGCGGCAACUUUGAAUUCUACUUCUCAAAAUGAAGGCACGUUCGAUUACGAGCAAGAGCUCAAGCAACUGCGCUCACAGCAGAAGAAAGACCGCAGAGAUGCGGAUGAGGUGACGCAAAUCAUGAUCACGGAAUGCCAGCAGCUGUUAAGUUUGUUCGGAUUACCGUACAUCACAGCGCCCAUGGAGGCGGAGGCGCAGUGUGCGGAACUUGUCUCAUUAGGGCUUGUGGAUGGCAUUAUCACUGACGACAGUGAUAUAUUCCUGUUUGGUGGAACUCGCGUCUACAAGAAUAUGUUCAACCAGAGCAAGUACGUUGAGUGCUACCUUACUACGGACUUGGAGAAGGAAUAUGCUCUCCAUCGGAGGAAACUGAUCAGCUUCGCCCACCUGCUUGGAAGCGAUUAUACAGAAGGCAUUCCCGGCAUUGGGCCAGUGACAGCCCUGGAGAUCCUGACCGAAUUCGGCGCCCUCGAGGAAUUUCGAGACUGGUGGACUCAGGUCCAGACAGGGGCCGACAUGUCCAACAGCAGCCAUGCGGCUUUUUACAAAAAGUUUAGAAAACAGGCCACGAAGAUCUUCCUGCCGCCCUCCUUCCCGGAUACGCGAGUUGACACAGCUUAUCUCGAGCCAGAAGCGGACAGGGACCCAUCGGCUUUCCAAUGGGGUGUGCCCGAUCUACAUGGGCUUCGGAAUUUCCUGAUGGCGACUAUCGGUUGGAGUCAGGAACGGACCGAUGAAGUACUCGUGCCUGUCAUUCGCGACAUCAACCAGAGGGAGCAAGAGGGAACUCAAAGUAAUAUCACGAGUUUCUUCAGUGGCCCCCAAGGAGCAGGAGCGUUUGCGCCACGCGUCCGUUCCGGCGGCCAGAGCAGAAUGGAAAAGGCUUUCAGCCGGCUCCGACGGGAGGCUGGAGCCGAUCAGGAUGCAGAGCAUCUUGAUGCCGGGGCAGAACCUAGCUCGAAGGAUCAGCCUGCCUCCCGGUCCCGUCGGAAGGGAAAGGGUACGGGGAAAGGUACCAAACGGGCAGCUGCACCACAGGACGCCGCAGAAAACGGCCUGGGCACUAUGAGUGGUACGAAGAGACGAGGCCGGAAGGCAGCAAAGACAUGA